GCCCUCCGCUGAACGAGGCUGGGGGAGUCGGGCGAGCGGCUCGCUCUUUCUGUGUCUCAUUCGCAAGAUGGCGGAGGCUGCAAAUUGCAUCAUGGAGAAUUUUGUAACCACGCUGGCUAAUGGGAUGAGCCUGCAGACUCCGCUAGAAGAUGUCUCGUGCCCCCAGCCAGAAAGCAGCGGCAAGCCGACAGCAGAGGAGAUGACCUCCUGAUUACUGGCCUACUCUACGCUCACUUCGGCAUUCAUGAGGAGAUGCUGAAAGACGAGGUGCGCACGCUGACCUACAGAAAUUCCAUGUUCCACAACCGGCAUCUCUUCAAAGACAAGGUGGUCCUGGAUGUUGGCAGCGGGACCGGGAUCCUCUGCAUGUUCGCGGCCAAGGCUGGUGCCAAGAGGGUCAUCGGGAUCGAGUGCUCCAGUAUAUCUGACUAUGCCGUCAAAAUAGUCAAAGCCAAUAAACUCGACCAUGUGGUGUCUAUCAUCAAAGGCAAGGUGGAGGAGGUGGAGCUACCUGUAGAAAAGGUGGACAUCAUCAUCAGCGAGUGGAUGGGCUAUUGCCUCUUCUAUGAGUCCAUGCUGAACACGGUUAUUUAUGCCCGGGACAAGUGGCUGGCUCCCGAUGGACUCAUUUUCCCGGACCGUGCGACUCUGUACAUCACAGCAAUUGAAGACAGACAGUACAAAGACUACAAGAUCCACUGGUGGGAGAACGUGUACGGCUUUGACAUGUCCUGCAUCAAAGACGUGGCGAUCAAGGAGCCUUUGGUGGACGUUGUUGAUCCGAAGCAGUUGGUCACCAACGCCUGCCUCAUCAAGGAGGUGGACAUCUACACGGUGAAGGUGGAGGACCUCACCUUUACGUCGCCCUUUUGUCUCCAGGUGAAGCGUAAUGACUACAUCCAUGCCUUGGUAGCCUACUUCAACAUAGAGUUCACUCGCUGCCACAAGCGCACUGGAUUCUCCACCAGCCCCGAAUCUCCCUACACCCAUUGGAAGCAGACAGUUUUUUACAUGGAGGACUACUUAACAGUGAAGACCGGAGAGGAGAUAUUUGGCACCAUUGGCAUGAAACCAAAUGCCAAGAACAAUCGAGACCUGGACUUCACCAUCGACCUGGACUUCAAGGGCCAGCUGUGCGAGCUGUCGUGUUCAACAGAUUAUCGGAUGCGUUAACCCGGUCCGCCCCCCUGCCAGUUCCUUUUUUCUCCACCUCUCCUCCCCUUGCAGCCAGAGCGUAACCCUCCCCAUUUCCCUAUUCUGUUGGCGUUUUCACUAAUUCAUUUCAUUGUGUAGAUCCCCCUUUUUUGCUGCUGUUAGCUGCAACUCUGGGCCAGCAAGGAAGAGGAGGGGCCAGUAUUAGAUGCUGGGAAGGGAGGGGGGAUAGCCAAGACUCCCCCGUCCAAACCAGAUGACCCCUUGUUUUUUCAAUACCUCCCUCUCCCCCCCUGCCCCGCCCCCCGAACUGAGUCGGUUAGCACAGCUGAAGAUGCACACGUGUUCUGCCUCUCCAUUUGUCCCGAGCAGCAGCACUUCCAUCAUGAAAUUUUAUCUCACUUGUUAAAAUCAUUGUCGGUCUCCCUUGCCAAACCGCGACGCCCAGAAUCUUCCCGCCUCCCCCCACCACCACCACCACGUGUGCGGAGCAAACUCUGUCCCUCGCCUCCUCCUCUGGAGCAAAGCGUUGCUCGGGGUUUUCCGGGGAGGGGAGAGGAAAGAGAGCACACAGGUCUGUUUUAACGUCCGCGAGGAGGUGGGGGGUUCCCAGCGGGGGUCUUGUCAAGGGGCGUGUGGAGGGCAUAUAUAUGUGUGUGUGGAAAAGGCAUCUUUCUUUUGUGGGGUUUUUUUUCCCUCCACUGGACGGUUUUUUGUACUUUUCCUCCCCUCUCCCGAAACGCCCCGUUUGGAUUUGUGGGUAUUUUGUGGGGUUUGGGGGGCUUUUUUUUUUUUUUUAACGAAACAAACAAAAUUCCCUCGGAAAGCUGACAUUGUGUGACUGUUUCAUAACUUAUGGUUUUUAUAUGGUUACAUUCAUGAGGAAAAAAUAAAUAAAUAAAAGAGGUUGGAAA